UGUGUUCCUGCCUCCUCCAACACCGAUGUUGGUAAAAUGAAAACAGAAAACUUCUUCAAGUACGGCGCUCCUUUGUACAAUUUGAAAAGUACUCGGACUCACUCGCAGAACCAACCGCAAGCGAGUGGCAUCGGUAACAGCCACGGAACAGGCCAUCACCAUCACCACCACAGCCACCUGACAACUGACGAACUGCGUCAUCUCACGCAGCAGCAGCAGCAGCAGCAGCAGCAGCACCGCAUCUCUGGUUACUCGGACAGGGAGAGCGUUGCCAGCGGUAGCAGUGCUGCUGGCAGGAUUAGGAGGAGAUCUAGAAACUUCUCUAUGAAGUCCUCGAAGGGCGGCAUUACCAAGAAGACCAAGACCAUGGAUUACACCAACUACGCCUACAAUGAGGCUGUGGGACGUCUCAAGGUAAUGCUGGCCGACAACUCCUACACCCCGCCCAAGGUCGGAGUGAGUGCUGCCGCCUAUAUGCGUAACUUCAAUGAGGAUUCCGGUGACAAUUUUUCGGAUAAUUUAUCGGUGAUUGAGCGUCCAGUCUUUUCGGACAUUUCCAAGUACUUGUCGCCCAGCCAGAAGUCGCGGAUGAGCUCGUACCGUCCCAAGAAAACGUAUGGGAUGCAGCCAAUGGGCUAUGGCAUGUCCGUCUCCAAGGAGAACUUGUCCUCCAUGGCGGCCCUCUAUACGGGCAGCAAUGUGCCAGCUGCCCCACUACCUCCUCCGCCACUGGCCACGGACAGUGUCCAGGCACCGGUGGAGAUUUUCAGCUUCAUUGAGAAGCAGGAGGACUACAUCGAGCAGCUGGAGAAGGAGUCCAAGUACUGUCGCAACGAGCUGACAAAUCUCUUGGGCAAGGUGAAGGACGUCAUCAACGAGAAUGAGCAGAUCACGGAGAAUGCACGCUCAGAGCUGGCAAAUAUGGGUUCGGGGAAGUCUGGUUCCGGCAUGCCCCAAGGUGCUGUCACGACCAGUCCGUCAUCCGACAGCGAUGAACACUUGAUUUAUGGCAGCGGCCGUAAGACUCCGACAACUCCGAGGAAGAGUAACCUCAAGGUGCAGAGUCCACGGUAUGCCAGUGCUCCCAACAUCGUUUACGAGGCUCGCAUUAGCGAACUGGAGGCGGAGCUGAUGCAGGCCAACAUCGAUCUGAAGCGCGUGAGGACUGAGAACGAGGAUCUCAAGCGUAGGCUGGCCCACACGGAUCCCAUCACGACGGUGGCCACUCUGGGCGGUGGCAACUGUGAGACUCAUCGCAAGCAGCUGGACUGCCUGCAGCAGGACAAACUCACCUUGGAGGAGACAGUGCGCCACUUGCAGCGAAUGCUGGACGACUCCAAGGCACAGGGCCAGGGCAGCUCCACCUCCAAGCGCUACAUCAGCGACCUGGUGCAAAUGGAGCGCUCCCAAGCCGAGCUGGAGGUGCGUCACCUUCGCGACGAGCUGGAUCGUCAGCACGAGCGUGUCCGGGAGCUGCAACACGAAAUGGCACGUCGCCUGGCAGAGGAGCGAGCCAGCGCAGAGAGGCGCUACAACACCCAGGUCGAUCAGCUGGGCGGCGAUCUGAGCUGCCAGUGGGAGCAGGUGACCAAGCUGCAGCUGGAGUUGGAGCGACAGAAGCGGUACGAGACCGAUCUCAAGCGGGACGUCACCAAUCGCAACUCACAGAUCGAGGAGCUGAAGAACGAACUGAGGGCCAAUCGCACCAACUUCCUGGCGGACAUGGCUACCUCAAAUGCGGAGAAGCAGUCCCUCGAGCAGGAGAUCACCUCGCUGCGCCUCCAGCUGGAUCGGGCUGCCCGGGAGAGCAAAACGGAGGCAGCUCGCCUGCAAGCGGAGAUCAAUUCUCUGCGUCAACGCUUGGAUCGCGGGGAUGCAGAUCUGCUGCACUCGAAGCGGGAGGUUUUGCGGCUCAACGAUGAGAUAUCCAAUCUGGAGAAGGAGCUGGCCUAUGGUGAGCUGAAGAACGAAAUACGACCCACCAAGAAAGAUUUGGACAAGCGGAUCUCGGAAAUGCAGGAUAAGCAUGCGGAUACGGUUAAUGAGCUUGAGGAAAUGAUAACAUCUCAGAAGCAACUCAUGGAUAAACUGACGGGCGAGUGUAAAACCUUAACGGGCAAAUUAGAGGAUACAUCGUACAAGCACAAAGAGGAAAUAUCUGCUUUACAAUCGAAUCUAGAAUAUCUAUCCAAUCGCAUGUUAAGCAAUGAGGAGCAUAUGAGUAAAUUAGAUACCACACCACAUGAUUAUACUAGCUUAGUUCCUGGAAAAGCCGCUUACGACUACCAGGCAGCGGCAUAUGGCACAACAAUCGAACCCAUACAAAGCACCCCACAACUACACAACAACAGCGCCGACGAUGACUACAGCGGCGGAGGAGGAGGAGGAGGCCUUGGUAUUGGCGGAGGGGAUGCAGUUGCCACAGGAUCACUUGCAGCAGCAGCAGCAGCAACAGCUGCACCAGUCACAGCAACAGCUCUUGCUUCUGGGGCAGUUGCAGCAGCAGCAGCAGGAGCGCGAAAGAGCAGCAUCAGCAAUGGUGGCGGCAGCACGGGUCUCCUCUCCGACUAUGGACUCCAGGAUAACGAUGACGAGAAUCUCAAAGACAACCUUGGCUUGGGCGAGAAGCAGCAACAGCAACAGCAACAGGAGCAGGACAGGCAACGAGAACGCGAGGAGCGAGAUCGAGAGUUGCAACAAUUGCGAGAGCAGCGAGAGAAACGCGAACGGGAGAGGGAACGUGAGCGAGAACGGGAACAGGCAGAGCAGCAGAAAGCAGAGCAGCAGCAACAGCAACAGUCGCUCCCACAGCAACAGCAACAGCCACAGCCGCAGUUACAACAGCAACAACAGCCUCUCGUCGACAGCAGCAACAUCUCGAAUGCCGGCAGCGCCAAUCUGGCCGCAUACAACACCGACUACAGUGCCUACGAUCAGCAGCAGUACGAUGCGAGUGCCUACGAUCCGAAUGCCUAUGCCCAGCAGCCCUACGAUGGCCAACAGUACGACUACGGGGAUGCCACGGCCGGGUACGACUACAGUGCCGCCGACUACGGACAGUCUGGAUACCAGUAUGACCCCACGCCAGCAGCUGCCACAACCAACCAGCCACAGCCACAGUCCCAGCCGCAGCAACGAUCACGUCCCCACCAGCAACAGGAGGUGGCCCUGCAGCAGCAGGAGUCGGAGCGGUAUCCACCGCGAGCCGACCACAACCGCGCCCGGGCGGUGGAGCUGUGGGGCCAGGAACUGGAUCCACAGUCGCCGGCAGCAAAUCCACUCUGCCACAACAGUCUGCCCCGGCAGCCGCCGGCAAGAAGUAGCUGGAGUCCCGACCUGGAGGAUCCCCUGCUGCUGGAGUGCUCGAUCAGCAGUCCCAGCCUAAUGCGCUCCUCCAACGACGAGACCUGCUCGGAGCUGGCCGAUCUAAGUGAGACCUUUGUAGUGCUGCCCGAUGGCUCCGAGGAUAGCGUGUCGCCAGCCCAGACCACCAUCAUUACGGCCCGUCGGGCCAGCGCACCGGCCAUAGUGCAGCAACAGGAGGAGGACAUUGCCAACGCAACGGUCAUCAUAGAGCGCGAUCUAGAUGCCCAAACAUAGGGGACAGCAGCACCAUAGUUUCUUCCAGCGAUACUUUCUUCAAUCAUCAAACGAACUCGUACUUCUACUCAUAUGUUUUCCAGCCUAACAAAUACAUAAAUAUUCCGUAUUUUUUGUAAUUACAAGAAAACCUUUUUAAAGCAAUAAAAAUUGAA